UCCAUUCUUCAACCUUGAACAAUCAUCUCUUUGUUCAAUAACUCUGAGAGCAAGCUCCUUUUGUUUAUUUUAUUUACUUAAUUUAUUUUGUAGGGGAUUUGCUUUUUUGCUGAAUUGGUUUACUUACACACAAAUUCCAUGACCGGAAGGAACCUUUUCCCUGCAGCUAUUUUAAUAUGUAUAUUUCUCUUCAUAGGGACUGCAUUUGUUUCUUUGGAUUUUAAGGAGAAAUUACCAGCCUUGGAAACUGCAGGAUCCACACAUUCAGUGCUCUCAGAGCCAUGCAAGAGUGAAUGCAAAUCUUCAGGUGGUGAAUCAUUGCCGAGAGGCAUUGUUAGUAGAACAUCAGAUUUAGAGAUGCAGUCUCUAGGUGGUUCUCCUCGUUCUUUGAAGAAAAAGGGUAAAACAACUCAGAAGAGCCUAUUGGCCAUCGCUGUCGGGGUAAAGCAAAAGAAAGUUGUUAAUCAAAUUGUUCAAAAGUUCUCUUCAAAUAAUUUUGUUAUUAUGCUUUUCCACUACGAUGGUAUUGUGGAUGGAUGGAAAGACAUGCCCUGGAGUGGGAGUGCUUUGCAUGUAUCUGCCAUUAAUCAGACAAAAUGGUGGUUUGCCAAACGCUUUUUACAUCCAGAUAUUGUUUCAGAGUACAAGUAUAUUUUCCUUUGGGAUGAAGAUCUUGGAGUCGAUCAUUUCCAUCCUGGACGUUAUUUAUCCAUCAUUGAAAAGGAAGGGUUGGAAAUAUCACAACCUGCAUUAGACACAUCCAAAUCUCAAGUUCAUCAUCGAAUUACUGCCCGUUGGAGGAAAGGAAAUGUGCACAGGAGAAUAUACAAUUAUCAUGGCGGUGGCCAGUCGUGUGAUGAGAACAGUAUUAAUCCCCCAUGCACUGGGUGGGUAGAAAUGAUGGCUCCGGUGUUCUCAAGAGCUGCUUGGCAUUGUGUUUGGUACAUGAUCCAGAAUGAUUUGAUUCACGCGUGGGGCUUAGACAUACAACUAGGUUAUUGUGCUCAGGGUGAUCGAAGCAAAAAUGUUGGCGUUGUCGAUAGUGAAUAUUUAGUUCAUAAGGCUUUACCAACACUUGGUAGCUAUGAUGAUGAAAAGACCACUGGAGAAACAUCUAAUAAUCUCACUGAGAUAAAGACUGAAAAGUCAAAAGCUGAGGUAAGGGCUGGAUCUCAUGCUUCUAGUGACAGAUCUGCGGUUAGGUAUCGAUCUUAUAGAGAACUUGAGAUAUUCCGAAGAAGAUGGAAUCAAGCAGUGGAAGAAGAUAAAUGUUGGAUUGAUCCAUACAGCAAACCCAAAAAGAAGGCAAAUAAUAAUUAGCACAGCUUUUCUGCUUCUAAUUCAAGAUCAACCAUAUUCAUUAAUCACAGUGAUAUAUUGGAGAAUAUUAGCGUCAUUAUAGUUCCUCAGGUGUAAGCGAAUGUAUUUGCAAUGAAAUGUAAUAUAUAUAUAUAUAUAUAUUUUAAUUUUUUCAAGUUUUUAUAGUAAAAUUAAGGAAUAUAUUGGAGGUCAA